UUGCCACGGAGCAAGUCCUCCUCACUCCUGCCCAUCUACGAAACCCUAGCUCCUCAACCGUCGUACGUCAAAACCCAUACUAACUGUUACACUGCAUCAAUGGCGGGAGGCAAGAUCAAGAAGGAGAAAACGAAGGGCGCAAGAGCACCGUCGGCUCACUACCAAGGAGGGAUUUCGUUUCACAAAUCGAAGGGGCAGCAUAUCCUGAAGAAUCCCUUGUUGGUGGACUCAAUUGUGCAAAAAUCCGGGAUCAUGAGUACCGAUGUGAUCCUGGAAGUGGGUCCUGGAACGGGAAAUCUGACCAAGAAGCUCCUAGAAGCUGGAAAGCAGGUCAUCGCUAUUGAGCUCGACCCUCGCAUGGUUCUCGAGUUGCAGCGCCGGUUUCAGGGCACCCCACAGUCCAAUCGUUUGAAGGUCAUUCAAGGUGAUGUGCUUAAGACAGAUCUUCCCUACUUUGAUAUAUGUGUGGCCAACAUUCCUUAUCAAAUUUCUUCUCCACUUACAUUCAAGUUGCUUGCCCAUCAACCGGCCUUCAGGUGUGCCAUCAUUAUGUUCCAGAGGGAAUUUGCAAUGAGACUGGUAGCUCAGCCCGGUGACAAUCUAUAUUGCCGUCUUUCUGUUAACACACAACUCUAUGCACGAGUGUCCCACCUCCUCAAAGUCGGAAAGAAUAAUUUCAGGCCUCCACCUAAGGUUGAUUCCUCUGUAGUUCGGAUAGAACCAAGGAAGCCAAAGCCCCAAGUGAAUGCUAAAGAGUGGGACGGAUUUAUAAGGCUUUGUUUCAUCAGGAAGAACAAAACCCUUGGUUCGAUUUUUAGAUUGAAAAAUGUUCUCUCUUUGAUGGAAAAGAAUUACAAGACAUUGCAGGCUCUCCAGCCCACACAUAGUGGUUCUAUGGGGAAUGCUGAUUGUGAAAUGGAUAUUUCAAGACUUGGGGAUACAAAGGAGGAUCAAGGUAUGGACAUGGAUUAUGGAACAGAUGAUGAAAUGGAGAUGGACGAUGGAAAUGCAGAGUGCGAGGGAUCUGAAUUCAAAGAUAAGGUCUUAAGUGUCCUCAAGGAGGGAAAUUUUGAAGAAAAGAGAUCCUCUAAGCUAACACAACAGGAGUUCUUAUACCUACUCUCUCUGUUCAACAAGGCUGGCAUACAUUUCUCUUGAUUCCAGGAUAAAUGUGUCCUCCCUAGCCUGUCGAAUUUUUGGCCAAUUUUGUUUGCUUCCUUUUUUGUCGCAUUCUCCCUUGUAGCAUUGGUAAUUCUGUUGCUUUUUUCCUUUUGUUCCGUGAUAAUAGGUUGAUGAGUGAACUCCUGAAUUAUUGCCGGAUAAAUUAAUAUUUCUUCUCUAGAAUGAUGUAAUUUAACUCAUGCAAAAAGAGUAUCAGAUAAAUGGCAUUGAGUACUCUUUCCAUGAAAA